GUUUACUUGUACGAUUCCCGCGUAGGACCGUUGAUCUGCGAUCGGUGGCGCGAAUCCACUCAAUCGCUUGAUUGUCCUGGUUCGGUUGGUGGUAUUAAUCUCCGGUCGGCCGCAUCUGGGCAAAGAGGAGGUUUGUUGACAUUACAACGCUGCCUUAUCGCUUUUCCGCGUAUCCUCGUCGUUGACGACUUGCUGCAUACGCGUCGCAUCACGUCCCAAUAGCAAAACUUUCACGGUUACUGGCGUAUACCGUCCACGCUGUACCACCAUUUCCAACGAUGGAUCUGGAAAAGAAGUCUUCCGAGAAGCCAAGACCAGAGGAUGUCGAUGAAGCGACGGGUGUGGGCGAGGUGUUGAAUGCAUCGGGUCACAAACAAGAGCUUGAGAGGAAUUUCAGCUUGUUGAGUAUCUGUGCGAUUGGGAUUACUACGGGGAAUGUUUGGGCCGCGUUGGGUGGGUCUAUCGUCAUUGCGCUCUACAAUGGCGGCCCAGCGGGUGUCAUUUACGAGUUCAUCGCCGUGGCAUGUUGCUACUUCAUGAUCGCGGCGUGUAUCGCAGAGAUGGCUUCUGCAAUCCCCUCAUCAGCGGGUGUAUACCACUGGGCUUCCGUCACAGGCGGAGCUAGAUUUGGAAAGGUAAUCGGGUUCUACGCUGGCUGGUGGAACGCCCUAGGUUGGAUCUUCGGCACCGCCUCCAUCUCCUCCAUCCUCGCCAACCAAAUCAUCUCCAUGUACGGCCUCUUCCACCGCGGCUAUGCCUUUGAGCGCUGGCACGUCUUCAUUGUCUAUCUCAUCAUUACCUGGCUCGCCUGCUUCGUCGUCAUGUUCGCCAAUCGCGCGCUGCCCAAACUGACGAACAUCGGUCUCUUCUUCAUCCUCAUUGGUGUUUUCGUUACCAUCAUGGUAUGCGCUAUCAUGCCCAGUCGAAGCGGAAAGGGGUAUGCGAGUAACGAGUUUGUGUGGAAAGACUGGCAGAACCAGGCGGGGUGGAAGAGCGAUGGCUUUGUGUUUUGCGCUGGGAUGUUGAAUGGGGCUUUUGCUGUGGGGACACCUGACUGCGUCUCCCAUCUCGCAGAAGAACUCCCCUCCCCCCGCACCAACAUCCCCAAAGCCAUCCUCGCCCAAUACACCGUCGGUUUCCUAACUGCCCUCCUCUACCUCAUCACCAUCUUCUACUCUGUCAACGACCUCGACUCACUCUUCUCAAACCCCUGGCCCUUCCCCCUCGCCGAACUAUACCGUCAAGCCACGAACUCGCACGGCGGCUCCCUGGGCCUCUUACUCGUCAUCUUCAUCCCCACAUUCUGUACAAAUAUCGGUUGUUACAUCACCUCCGGCCGUAUGCUAUGGACACUUGGUCGCGAUGAUGCAACACCUUUCAGCGCGUGGGUCGGCAAAGUAGACAAGAAGUGGGAGAACCCGUUUAACGCUACACUGGCGUGUGGCGCCAUCAACACAAUCCUCGGCUGUAUAUACAUCGGCUCCAGCACCGCCUUCUCCGCCUUCGUCGGCUCUUUCAUCGUCCUCUCUUCGCUCUCAUACCUCGCUUUCAUCUUACCCAACAUCCUGACCCGGCGCCGCCACGUCAUUUCCGGCCCAUUCACCAUGCCUACGCCGGUGUUUUACACGGUUGCGAGUAUAGCGUGUGGGUAUAUGGUUGUGUGGAUACCGAUCUAUUGCUUUCCGUUCGCGGUGCCGUUUGAUACUACGACGAUGAAUUACACGAGUGCGUUGGUCGGUGGGAUUACGAUUUUACUUGGGGGCUGGUAUGCGUGGAUUAGGAAGAGGGGGUAUGUUGGGCCGAGGAGGUUGGUGGAGACGUUGGGGAGUGGGGAGGCUACAAUUGUUACUGAGAAGGUUUGAGAGAGAGAUGAGGGCUAUAAAACAUGUGUAUCAGCAUAGAGAAAUGAUGUUGAGUUUGUUC